GUAGCGGUCCUGUUCCUAGGGAACAGGAAAAAGCAGUGCGCAGGGGCAGUCAAAACCUGUCCCCGCCCCGGGCUGCACUUCCGGCUGUGUCCUGGGACUGAGAAGGGAGGCUGAGCCUACGGCCCAGCUGGGGCGAUGCAAUGGUGGCCACUAGGUGUGAUCCUGUUGGCGGUCACUUCCGUGGGUCCGGCUCCGGCCGCCCCGGCCUCAUGGGCAGGUAGACUGAAGGAAAGAUCGGGCCCAGGGAGGCCCCCUACCCAGAGGGUAACAACCCAGGAGACCUCGGUACCGAAUGUGGUGCUGGUGGUGAGCGAUUCUUUCGAUGGAAGGCUCACAUUUCAUCCAGGAAAUCAGAGAGUCGCAUUACCUUUUAUAAACUUCAUGAAAAAACAUGGUACUCUUUUUCUCAACGCAUAUACAAACUCUCCAAUCUGUUGCCCAUCACGUGCAGCAAUGUGGAGUGGCCUCUUUACUCAUUUAACUGAAUCUUGGAAUAAUUUUAAGGGCCUGGAUCAAAAUUAUACAACAUGGAUGGACCUCUUGCAGAAAUCUGGCUACCAUACACAAAAGUUUGGAAAAGUAGACUAUACUUCAGGACAUCACUCCAUUAGCAAUCGUGUGGAAGCAUGGACGAGAGAUGUUCAUUUCUUGCUUCGUCAGGAGGGCAGGCCUGUGGUUAAUCUUAUCCCUGAUAAGAGAAAAGCAAGAAUAAUGGAAGAAGACUGGCAGAAUACAGAUAAAGCAACAAACUGGUUAAGAAAAGAAGCAAUCAACUUUACUCAACCAUUUGUUCUUUAUUUGGGAUUGAAUUUACCACAUCCUUAUCCAUCACCAGAAACAGGGGAAAACUUUGGAUCCUCCACAUUCCAGACCUCUCUUUAUUGGCUUGAAAAAGUAUUUUAUAAAGCUAUCAAAAUUCCGAAAUGGUCUCCUCUUUCAGAAAUGCACCCUGUAGAUUAUUAUUCUUCCUACACCAAAAACUGCACUGGGCAGUUUACAGAGAAAGAAAUUAGAGAUAUUAGAGCAUUUUAUUAUGCUAUGUGUGCUGAGACAGAUGCCAUGCUUGGUGAGAUUAUUUUGACUCUUUACCAAUUAAAGCUUCUUCAGAAGACAGUUGUAAUAUUCACCUCCGACCACGGUGAGUUGGCCAUGGACCAUCGCCAGUUCUAUAAAAUGAGCAUGUAUGAAGCAAGUUCUCACAUUCCUCUUCUGAUGAUGGGGCCUGGCAUUAAAGCAAACCUCCAUGUCCCAGAUAUGGUCUCUCUUGUAGAUCUUUACCCCACUCUGCUAGAUAUCGCUGGAGUUCCUCUCCAUAAGAACCUGAGUGGAUAUUCUUUGAUUCCAUUAUCAUCAGAAGCAGUCAAUAAUAAUUCUCAGUCCACAAGGCCACACCCUCCCUGGAUUCUGAGUGAAUUCCACGGCUGCAAUGUGAAUGCUUCCACCUACAUGCUGAGAAUUGACAAAUGGAAAUACAUAGCCUAUUCUGAUGGUGUUUCAUCACCUCCUCAACUCUUUGAUCUUUCUUCAGAUCCAGAUGAAUUAACAAAUAUAGCCACAAGGUUUCCAGAAAUCACUCAUUCUCUGGACCAAAAGCUUCGAUCCAUUAUAAACUACCCUGUUGUUUCUGCUUCUGUCCACCAGUACAACAAGAAGGAGUUUAUCAGUUGGAAAGACAGCCUAGGACGAAACUAUACCAAAGUUAUAGCAAACCUCAGAUGGCACCAGGACUGGCUGAAAGAACCAAUGAAGUAUGAAAGUGCAAUUAACCAAUGGCUUAAAACUGACACUAAUUUAUAAAAUAUUUGCACAAAAUGUGUAACACUAUACUCUAGCUAUAUGCUUUUAUAUCUUUAUACAAGUAGUAAAUGUAUAGUUACAACAAUCUUUAUCACUAAGGGUAUGGUGAAGUUUGAUAAUUAAAUGAUCAUUACCAGUCAGAGAAAUUUUAUUAAAUUCUGUUAUAUUUUAAAAUAGAAGUUGAAUGUUUAUAGAAUUGUUUUCUAAUAUAGCUGCCAUCAAGUGCUGACAUUAAACAGCUUAAUUAGAAUAUGAAAAAACAAUUGUAGUUACAAAUAAUCUGAUGUUUAUUGAACCUUUAAAGUUUAUUAUUAUAUCAAAUAACAACAGCCAAAAUGUCAUAGGUUUAGAGGUAGACAAUGAACACUCCAGUGCCUUUAUUGUAUAGAAUUUAUAUAACUUGCCCAACAUCACCAACGCACUAAGUAGCAGACUCACUAGAUAGUGAAUCACUUCAUGCCUUGAAUACAUCAGUUCUUUGAGCUCUCUGAAUUGAAGUUUGUAUGAGCCUGGGGGAUUGGAUUUAUUAAGAGGAGCAAGAACCCAAUUCCAACCUUAACUGUUUUAUCAUUAUAAUUACUUCAAAAAAUUGUUCUAUUGAAGUACUUUUUGCAAAUGAGUAAAGUAAGAUUCCAUUCUUUUAAUUUUUCAUAUUUGAACAGUUCUUCAAUCAUAUUUACUGCCAUUCUAUGAAUUCUCUUGAAUAUAUCUUUUAUAUUUAUAUAAUAAAUAUCUCAAGUAUAAAUGUAUUUUACUUAUUCAACUAAACAUAUCUUGUCUGAAAGUCCUGAACAAAUGACUGCUCCCAACCUAGGUGUUAUCCUUGACUCCUCUCACUCACCUUCCAUAUCCAGUCUGUUGACAAGGCCUGUUUAUUGCACUUUGUAACAUCUCUCACCCAUUUCUCUCCUCUGACAUUGCCACCACUUUAGUGCAAGCCUUCGUCACCUCUCAGUUGAACUAUGUAAUAUGCCCCUGGUAGGUCUCUUCAGGUGGCUCCCUAUUACUUCCAAGAUCAAAUAUAAAUCCUCUUUUUGUCACUCAAAGACUUGCAUAACCUAACCACCACCAACCACCUUGCUGGUCUUACACCUUAUUUCUAUCCUCCCCACCCCCAUACUCUGGUCUAGUGACACUGGUCCCCUUGAUCUUCCUUACAUGAGACACUCCAUCUGAGUCCUGGCAUUUCUCAUGAAGAUCCCCCAUUCCUGGGAUGAUCUUUGUCCUCCUCAUCUCUGUCUCCUGGCUUCUUUAAAGGCCCGGCCAAAAUCCCACCUUCUACUGGAAAUUUUUUCUAACCCCUCCUAUCUCUGGUAUUUGUAAAACACUUAGCACAGUGCCUGGCACACAGUAAAUACUAUGUAAAUAUUAACUACUGUUAUUAUUUCCCGUUUAUCCUGUAUAUAGCUCUUUGCCUGUUUUCUCCCCCAUUAGAUUGUGAGCUCCUUGAGAGCAGGGGCUGUCUUUUGUCUUUCUUUGGAACCCCAGCAUUUAGCACAGUGCCUGGCAUAUAGCAAGUACUUAAUACAUCUUUACUGACUUAAUAACUAAACCAUCACCUUUUCCCCAAAUGUCUUUACCUCUCCAAGAGAAAUUAAAGUGUGUCUCCCCAUGGAACAUUAGAUGGAGGUUUCAAAAUGGAAAAGGAAGGCAUGAAAUUACUGUCAUGUAAAAACAAAAGCUAUCAGUAAUAUAUAUAUAUUUUAAUAUGAAUAAAUGAUUUUAAAACUUUUACAA